AUGGAGUUGACCGAGUCGACCGCGUCGGCGAGAGAAGCGCUAGUCUUGCCCGUUCCAGGUCAUGAUGCUGGUGAGAACGAUGCAGUGCGAUCGCGGGCCUUCCAAUUUCCGUAUGAGACGGCAUACCGUAUCCAAUUGGACCUCAUGACGGCUGUAUUCCAGGCCGUGGAGCAUGGUCAGGUAGGCGUAUUCGAGAGUCCCACGGGCACAGGCAAAACGUUGAGUUUGCUUUGCAGUGCCCUCUCGUGGCUCCGUAUGCAUCGACAGCGACACAUAUGGGGACAGAGGGCGGCAUCUACUGUCGAUAGCCAGGAUGCGGAGCCUGAGUGGGUCUUGGCACACGAGGAGGCCAAGCAACGCGAAGCCAUCGAAGCGUACGAGACAGAACUUCGUGAAAGAUUGCAACGCGCACGCAGUACUCGAACGCAUGUGCCCGCCACCCAGAAGCGCGCAAGGCGCGAAAAAGAUACCUUGUCGGACGACGAGUUUCUCGUGAACGACUACCAUGACGCCCAAGAUUCGUUCCUGUCUGCCGAGGUACGAGCGAUGAUGCACACGUAUGAGUCGCAAUGGAGUGCACCAAACAUAGGUGACGACGAGACGCGGCCCAAGAUAUUCUACGCAAGUCGGACGCAUAGUCAGCUGGUGCAGUUGGUUCACGAAGUAAAGCGAACGCCGUAUGGCCAAGGGGAUGAGCCUGUGCGGUGCGUGAGCCUCGGCAGCCGCAAGCAAAUGUGUAUUCAUCACGACGUGCGUCGGAUCGGAGCAUUGUUCGGAACGGAGGCUAUGAAUGAGCGGUGUCUCGAGCUCAUGGAGGGCAAGAAAGGCAAGCGAUGCCCCUACCUGCCGGCACAGAGCGAUCCCGUGGGGCGUGCUGAAAUGGACACGUACCGAGAUCAUGCCUUGUCUCACGUCCAGGAUAUGGAGGACCUCGUGCAGCUCGGAAAGGAUAUGCACAUGUGCCCGUACUUUGGCACCCGACACAGCGCACGCCAUGCCGAGCUGGUGACGCUGCCGUACAAUUUGCUCCUUCUGCGUGAUGCUCGAGAGGCACUGCAUCUGACGCUUGAUGGCAGUGUGGUCAUCAUUGACGAGGCGCACAAUCUCAUCGAUACACUCCUGGCCACGUACGCUGCCGAACUCACGCAGGCCCAGAUUGAACAGGCCGUCCAGCAAGUUGAGAUGUAUUUGCGCCGGUUCUCGAUGCGACUCCGAGGCACCAACGAGGAGCAGGUGCGCAUUCUUCAGGUGCUCCUGCGUGCGCUGCAGGGGCUAUGUGUCGAGCUGACCGAAUCCCAGACCUUUUCGCUCCCGGACUUUAUGUCGCGCCUGGGAGGGUCGGUGGACCAAAUCAACCUCGUGCGCCUGGAGCGCUGGCUCAAAGACACGCGAAUAGCGCGCAAGAUGGGCGGGUAUGCGGACAAAGUGUGGCUCGAGUCCCAUGCAGCACCUGCGCACCGAGCAGUGGCCAUGCACGCCUUGGAGGCAUUUUUGCUGGCGCUAUGUAAUCGCGCAAAGAAUGGGCGAGUCCUGGUGACGGUCGAUAAGAUGCAAGGUGUGCGCUUCAAGUACCUACUGCUGGACCCUCGAGACGCAUUCGAGCCGAUCGUGUCGAGUGCGCGAGCCAUCAUUCUGGCAGGUGGAACGAUGGAGCCCAUGUCUGACUUUGAGCAGCUCGUGCCGCGCGACCGAUUCACCACCUUCUCAUGUGGCCAUAUUGUGCCGUCAUCGCAUGUCAUGGGCGCCGUCGUGCCACUCGGGCCGAAGGGCCAGACGCUGGAAUUCACGCAUGCGUCGUGGCAGCAGCCGGCCAUGCUCGACGAGCUCGCCGUGGCACUCGGCAAUUAUACCAACAUUGUGCCGCAUGGUAUGGUGGUGUUUUUCCCAUCGUACGCGACACUGGAUGCAGCUUUGGCGCGCUGGCAACAUACCCAUGCGUUGGAACGACUUUCGCGACGAAAAAAGGUGCUCACUGAGCCGAAGGACGCCAAGGACGUCGAUGCUGUCCUGCAGCAGUAUGCGGCCACCAUCGCAGAUCCUUCGCCAUCUUCACCGAAAGGCGCCAUGCUGCUCGCCGUCGUAGGUGCCAAGCUCUCGGAAGGCAUCAACUUCCAGGACGAUCUCGCGCGGUGCGUCGUCAUGAUUGGUCUGCCAUUUCCGCAUGCGAAAAGCAGGGAACUGGCCGAACGCCUGGCAUUUGCAGGUGAGGAUGGACGGGAUAUGUACGUCAAUAUGUGCAUGCGCGCUGUGAACCAGUCCAUGGGCCGCGCGAUUCGGCACCGCGCGGACUAUGCGGCCUUUCUCCUGCUGGAUCGACGGUAUGCCCGAGAGCAGAUCCAAUCCCGGCUUCCGGGUUGGAUUCGCACGCAGGUGCAGGUGCAUGACCGAUUCGGCUCGAGCAUUCGCGCACUCGCCCAGUUCUUUCAGCAGAUGCGCUACAGAGCAGCUACCUAG